CCUGUCUCAGCCUCCUGAGCCAGUGGGAUUACAGGCGUGCGCCACCGCGUCCAGCUUGUGAUGGGUAAUUUUAAGUAUAGGUAUCACCUUGACUGAAUUAAGAAACACCUAGAAGGAGGAGACUGGUGCGUGGGUCAGUGGGCUAAGGGGAAGAUCCACCCUCAGCGAGGGUGGGCGCCAUCACUCAGCCUGGGCCAGUAGAAUGAAAAGACUGAGAAGGACAAGUGGACCUGGGACACUUCCCCUGCCAUGAGACACCAGGCUUUAUGUCCCUGGGACUCCAGGACGUGACACCGGUCCUCUCCCUCCCCGCCAACCAGUUUCUCAGGCCUUCAGCCUCGGAUGGAGGAUUACACCAUCAGCUCUCCUGGUCCUGAGACCUCUGGACUUGGCCUGAGCCUCGCAGUCAGCAUGGGAGCCGGGCCUUAGGUCAGUCUUGACUUCCUGUGUCCCAGUGCUCGGCAAGGAUCCAGCACAUGGUGGGCACUCGGCAGGAUGAAGAUGAGACGCUACAAGCUCUUUUUCAUGUUCUGUAUGGCCGGCCUGUGCCUCAUCUCCUUCUUGCACUUCUUUAAGACCCUGUCCUAUGUCACCUUCCCCCGAGAACUGGCCUCUCUCAGCCCUAACCUCGUGUCCAGCUUCUUCUGGAACAAUGCCCCCGUUACACCUCAGGCCAGCCCUGAGCCCGGUGGCCCGGACCUGCUGCGAACCCCACUCUACUCCCACUCGCCUCUGCUCCAGCCCUUGUCCCCCAGCAAGGCCACCGAGGAACUCCACCGGGUGGACUUUGUGCUGCCCGAGGACACCACCGAGUAUUUUGUGCGCACCAAAGCGGGGGGCGUGUGCUUUAAGCCAGGGACCAAAAUGCUGGAUAAGCCACCCUCAGGGCGGCCCGAGGAGAAACCCGAGGGGGCGUACGGCCCCUCCACCCGGGGCCCGCGGCGCCCUCCCCGGCACACGCUGACGGCCCGGGAGCGUGCGAGCAGGCAGGGCGCCAGGCGCAAGUGGGUGGAGUGCGUGUGCCUGCCCGGCUGGCACGGGCCCAGCUGCGGGGUGCCCACGGUGGUGCAGUACUCCAACCUGCCCACCAAGGAGCGGCUGGUGCCCAGGGAGGUGCCGCGGCGCGUCAUCAACGCCAUCAACAUCAACCAUGAGUUCGACCUGCUGGACGUGCGCUUCCACGAGCUGGGCGACGUGGUGGACGCCUUCGUGGUGUGCGAGUCCAACUUCACGGCCUACGGGGAGCCGCGGCCGCUCAAGUUCCGCGAGAUGCUGACCAACGGCACCUUCGAGUACAUCCGCCACAAGGUGCUCUACGUCUUCCUGGACCACUUCCCGCCCGGCGGCCGCCAGGACGGCUGGAUCGCCGACGACUACCUGCGCACCUUCCUCACGCAGGACGGCGUCUCGCGCCUGCGCAACCUGCGGCCCGACGACGUCUUCAUCAUCGACGACGCCGACGAGAUCCCGGCGCGCGACGGCGUCCUCUUCCUCAAGCUCUACGACGGCUGGACGGAGCCCUUCGCCUUCCACAUGCGCAAGUCGCUCUACGGCUUCUUCUGGAAGCAGCCGGGCACCCUGGAGGUGGUGUCGGGCUGCACGGUGGACAUGCUGCAGGCCGUGUACGGGCUGGACGGCAUCCGCCUGCGCCGCCGCCAGUACUACACCAUGCCCAACUUCCGCCAGUACGAGAACCGCACCGGCCACAUCCUGGUGCAGUGGUCGCUGGGCAGCCCCCUGCACUUCGCCGGCUGGCACUGCUCCUGGUGCUUCACGCCCGAGGGCAUCUACUUCAAGCUCGUGUCCGCCCAGAACGGCGACUUCCCCCGCUGGGGUGACUACGAGGACAAGCGGGACCUCAAUUACAUCCGGAGCUUGAUCCGCACCGGCGGCUGGUUUGACGGCACGCAGCAGGAGUACCCGCCCGCCGACCCCAGCGAGCACAUGUACGCCCCCAAGUACCUGCUCAAGAACUACGACCAGUUCCGCUACCUGCUCGACAACCCCUACCAGGAGCCCAAGAGCACCGAGGAAGGCGCGCGGAGCAAGGGCCCCCGCGAGGGAAGGCCACCCGCCGCCAGGGGCCAAUCGGACGUGGUCGAAGGCUAGGGCUGUGCGAUCGCCUGGGCAGAUGGCAGUGAGGCGUGGUGGCUACCUGCCGGCUUUGGGGCUUCUUGGGAGGACCAGGAGUAGGUCGGUGAUCUUCCCUGUGCAAGUCCUUGUGCGUCAAGAUCAGGUCUCUAAGCUCAAAAAAGAAAACAAAGGAAAUCCUUCCUGCCAGACAACUCCGCAGUCCUUCUGCUGCCAAGAGGGCGGUGGCCAGGAGGUGCUCCUGGAGAGUGCAGCAGGUGGCACGGAAGGGAGCCAGUGGGGACUCACCAGGCAGCCACGUGGGGGCUGCAGCCUGGAGGAGAGAAGACGGCCUUGGGCCUCCUGGGGCUUGGGACCUGCAGAGAAAUCAGGACAUCCCCGGAGGCCGUGGGCUCUGUAAAUAAGUGCGUUUGGGUCCAGGGGCAAGAGGGGGUACCUAGCGGGAGGGUAGGGAGCAUGGCAUGGAGCUGAGAGGUGCGUUAAGGGGCUUCACAGUGUCCUUGGAGUUCUGGGCAGGAGGGAUUUGAGGCCCCACGCUGCCUCCCCUCCGGGCUGAGGUAGGCUGGGCCCCUGGGUUGGCGGUCCCUCUUGCCUUUCAUAUUGCUGCCCGUGGGCUGCCUCGCAGGGACCCGCAGUCCAGUUCUCAGGUGGGAUGAGAGCAGGGGCUAGGGGGAUGGGGAGCUUAGUAGAGGGUCCCAGGGAGGGGAGACCCACAUGAGGCCUCUCCCUCCACACACCGUGGCCCCAGCCUGCCUCCGUCCCUGGGGCAGUCACUCUUGUGCCCCUCCUUAGGGCUGAUUAGGGUCCAGGAAGGGGCCAUGAGGCUCUUCUGGGCCCAAAAGGGACAUUAAGGCCAGUUAUAUGUCAACCCGUUCCUCUCGGUUUGCCUUGGGAGAGGGAAGGUGUUUGUUGGAGUAGGUUCUAAGCUGUUGUAAGUAAAGAGACUGAAAUUCAAGCAAGACAAGCUUGUGGGUGGUUCAUUGUCCACAGGGAGAUGGUUGAGGCCAGACGGCGGCUCUGCUUCCUCCAGCCACACCUUCCAAGUCUGGAUACAGGGCUGCUCCGGAGCCCCCUAUCAGGGGGUGGGAAAGGCACCUUUCCCACUAAGGACAGGAGCCAGGAAUCCAGUCAUUUUCAUGGCAUCUCAUUGGCCACAACUUGGCUUCAAUAACCUCCAGGGAGACUGGGAUAUGUAAUCUCUGGGCUCCUGGUGCCCGGCCUCGACUUGGGAGAAGAGGCUCUUAGGAUGGAUGUGGGGAAGCAGCAUGUUGGGGAAGGGGCAGAAAUGAGUGUUUGAGUCGUAGGUUCCUGCUCUCUGUUGUCCAGAGCUUCUAGAAUGAGCCGUUCCCACUGUCCUGUCCGCACAGGGCUGGGGUACAGCAAGAGCCUGCAGGUCUGGGGGAGGGCGGCACGCCCCCCUCCCCUGACCCCCCUCAGCCGUUCCCCGUGAUGCCCGUGUGCGGAGGCUGCUGUGGAAUGGCCGUGUUGUGUGUGCGUGUGUAUUUACGGGCAUGGGUGCAUGCUGGUGUGUAUUGUCCACGUCUGUGUCGACGGUCCCCGUGUGUAGGUGCUUGUGUGUAGGUGUGGGAGUCCCGGUCCUGGACCUGGAGCCUGUGGCCACACUUCCCAUGGCUCCCCCAGAUGACCGAGGCAGAAAGCCCACGGAGAGCCCCGAAAACAAAGCUGAAGGGGAUGCAGGGUGUCUGUCUGUCUGUCUAUCAGUCUGAGGAAUGAGAAUUGUCUCGGUCUGAGGCCGAAAGCUUCAAGCCCUGUACCCCUCAGCCCCUCUGGCCCCACUGUGCCUCCUGAUCCCCACACCUGGUGGGUUUUGGGGGAGUCUCACUGGAGGGUUCCUGAUGGGCUGGGAGAACAGGGGUCUCUGCUGCCACUGCUCUGUCUGGGGACGUGCCAGAUGUAGACAUGGUGGGGGAGCUGGCCUCAGCAGGUCGGGGCAGGCAUGGAGCAGGCUGAGAGGGCUCCAUGGCUCCUCUCUGCCUCCAUCUGGUGGACACCCCCGAGGGAACCCCUCCUUUGGAGUCAUAGAACCUCUCUCCUUGGUUCCUCUUGGGGCUGAGUCUUGGCUCUAGAAGUCAGGCUUCGGUUGGGGCAGGGGCCACCUCUGCUGGCCCUGUGACAGGCAGUCUCUGGGGGCUUCUGCAUCAUUCCUGAGCCUCAGCCCAGGGCCUCCCUCCUGAUGGCUUCCUGGCCCCCCAGCCCUGCUCAGCUGCUUCAGGGAUGGCCCCUCCCAGGGCAGCUGCGGCCCCUGGCCCAAGGCACGGCCUGGACUCGGGGAAGAACGGGAGAAACUCAGGCCCGGGCGGCCCUCCUCGCUUCUCCCACCAUGCAGAGGGCACACUCGGCCAGAAGUGGAGGCCAGGCCUUGGGUGCAGGGGGCAGCCGUGAGAGCCAGGGCCGGGACGUGGGGUGAGAGUUUCACAUAUGACGGCAGCGUACACUGGGAAUUUGGGGGGGCAGGGGAUCCCCAGGGCUGUUCCCCAAUAUGAAAGAAAACCAAACAACGUGAACCGCAGGACACCACUGCCCUGUCACCAUAUCCAGAUCUCUCCCCAGCAACCACUGGCCCGAGACCUCCAGACUGGGGUGGGCUUCUGUGUCGGCAUCCAGCAGGCCUCGUCCACCUGGGGUCACAGGGUUCUAGGGACAGGUGCGGGAGAGCUUUAGGGCAAAGGUGGGAUUCUGAGUGGGGACACAGGACUUGCCCAGGCAGAAGGCAGGACCCUGGGAAGUGUGGAAUUUAAGGACACCAAGAAUAAUAAUAGUAUUAUUUUUUUUGUAAAGGAAAAUCAAUAUGUACAUUCUGAAAUCAUUUUCUCUGUAAAUGGUUGAAUUUCAUUUCACCCUUAAAGGGAUGCUUAAAGGAGAAGAUAAUAUUAUUAAUAAAAACAGCUGCGAAGUCUGAA